AUGCACCUAAACCGGUAACGAGACAUGAAGGAGCACAAUCACAGACCAGCAGCUGAGAGAAAGGAAAAAAGAAAAGAUUUACCUCACAUUACUUAUAAAAACUAUUCAAGGUUUGCACAUCCAACCCACGCUGGAAUCAGGUGCAGGACAAAGCUAAAGGUGAAGCCACAGUUCCAGGAAAUCCUCCGGCUGUCUGAGGAGAGUGUGGAUGCCACGGAUGGGAAUGAUGUUUUGACGAAGGGUACCGUGCCCAUCUACGCCACCGGGGUGCUGACAUGCUACAACCAGGAGGAGGACCGCAAGCUGCUGGUGGCCUUCCUGGAGGACGUCAUGAUGAGCCUGUCUCUGUCCCAUGCUCCUCUGGACAGCCUGAAGGCGGCCUUCAUGGAGCUGGGCGCCAACCCAGCGUACCACGAGCUGUUGCUGACGGUGCUUUGGUACGGCGUGGUGCACACCUCCGCCCUCGUGCGCUGCACUGCAGCCCGCAUGUUUGAGGUAAGUGGGCGGAUGCUGCGAGACGAGGCGUCAGGUGUGGCAGUAACAGUGGUCAGAAUUAUGAGAGUAGGAGUGUAGAAAGCAGAGAUUAAGGCCAAAGGAGAGCUGUCCUUCCUUCAGGAGGAACUGCAGAGAAAAGCAUAACCUUGUACUGUUACUGUACUGUGCAGAAAACACUGUAAUACUAUGUUACUGUACUGCGCUGUAAUACUAUGUCACUGUGUUGGAUUUGCUUGCCUGCCUGCCUGCCUUAUUGAAUCUGAAAGCAUCCCUCCCCCCCAAACAUAUCAUCAAAUCAAUGUCCAAAAGUGCCACUUAUGGAAUCAACACCCCCACAUCAGUGGUCUCACAUAAAUUUGUUCUUGCUUGAUCUCUCAGAUUUUGCAUUGCUCCUUACUUUUGCCUGUGAUGUGUGGGACGUGUCCAUUUUCACCUCAUUAUUGAUAUCAUUU